UAAAAUUUGUAUAAAAUUUGUAUAGUUGUAAAAUUAUAAAACUUGUAUAAAAUUUGUAUAGUUGUAAAAUUUGUGGUAAGAUUAGAAUGUCGAGGAUUCGUCAGCAGCGUUGGAUAUUUAAGGACCGUUCGGCGGUUGUGAGUGGUAUGUUUGGAAUCCCGAUCAGCUUCUGUUUACUCAUACUUGUGAUUGUAAUGCUUGGGAUUUUUAUCCUCACGUGGCUAAUUGAGGGCAAGGUACUCAUCAAAGUCAUUGGGUUCAAUCUCCCCAUCGUCAUCAAGAUCAUGUCACUCGUCUCCACACUCGCACUCUUCGCAUUCCUCAUCAAUAGCACCGGGGUCAUCUACUUCGUCGUCCUCUCCACUCUCAUCUACUUCAUCUCACACUCCUUAUUGUUGUCUGGGUUAUUGGAGUUCUUUUUUAAGUUCCAGGAGUUUGAUGAGCCGUUUGCUAACAUGACGUACUAUCACCCGAGUAACCUUGACUUUUACUCUGUAAUUGCCAUUUGCAUGGUCAGGGUAUUACUGGGGAUUCCAUUCUCAUACUACUCGCUGGUGCUCUUUGAUAUCAGGAAAGCCGGCGGCUCAGGCUUUAGAAGAAUCCCAGCAUUUAAACUCGAGAAAACUUCACUACUAGAACAAGCCAAAGCACUCAAGAAAAGAUACGAAUACGUUGUCAAACGAGUCGCAAUCUUCGAAAUGUCAUAAUAUUCACCCAUUCA